GUUUCGUCGGACGACUACACCCACGCACUACACACAAACAAAACACAGCAAUGUCACAACUGACAGCACCAGUGCGCGAGUGUGAGCAGUAGACCCCAUCUUGUGGCCACUGGAAUGAUAAAGCUGCUUACGUCAUAAAAACGAAUCCGAUGCAUACACAUCGAGAGUGAUUCGAUCCAAAAGGGCACAAGUCGUUCAACACACUAACCAGCCGCAGCAGGAAGGUGCAUUCUAUCGGCCAAAGCGUUCAUUGGCAGGCAGCAAAGGACUGGGGCACGCCAAACGUGCAGUUGGAGCAAACAAACAAAAGAAAAACGGAGUUCAGGACGAUCUGCAAUUUUCACACACGAAACUGGAAAACUAGGCCACACAGAGCUAGGGGCGGGGGGCCUUUCUUUCUCCUACCAAACCACUUUCACCAUCUCGAGUCUAUUUCACGGGACGGAUGCGAAUCUAGCGAGAGAGAGAGAGCGGGAGAGUGCGUGUGUGUGUGUGUGAAACAACAAAAACAACAACCCAACAAAGCUUAUACGGUGUGGUAAAGGAAGCAGGAAAAUCCACGGUUCCACACAUUAUCGAAAACGUAAAGAAAAACGAAAGCUUCACGUAGCGUCCCACAAACGAAAGGGGAACACACGUUCCGGAAAACAAAAAGGGAACAAAAAGGGGGCGGCGGUUCGGCAAGUGGAUCCUCCCAUCCAUCUCCCAAGAGACACCCAUCACCACCGCAAAUGGGCGAACCGGAGUACGAGAGUGUGGUGCUGGUGAAGCAGGAGGUGUUUGUGUACAAAAUUCCGCCGCGCCAGAGCAACCGCGGCUACCGGGCGGCCGACUGGAACCUGCUCGAACCGAUCUGGACCGGCCGGUUGCGGAUGGUGGCGAAGGGCCGGUCGCUGUGCGUGAAGCUGGAGGACAAGAGCAACGGCACGCUGUUUGCGAACUGCCCGAUCGAAAGCUAUCCGGGCGUGGCGAUCGAGGCGGUAUCGGACAGCUCGCGCUACUUCGUGCUCCGCAUCCAGGACGGCAACGGGCGGACCGCGUUCAUCGGGCUCGGGUUCGGCGAUCGGUCCGACUCGUUCGAUCUGAACGUGGCGCUGCAGGAUCACUUCAAGUGGGUGAAGAACGAGGAAAAGAUCGAGAAGGAAAAGGUGGAACCGAAGCAGCAGCUCGAUCUCGGCUUCAAGGAGGGCGAAACUAUUAAGAUCAACAUGAAGAUUACGAAAAAGGACGGUUCGGAGGUAUCGUCUCGACUGACCGGUAAAAAGACGGGCGCCGGUGGUUUGCUGCCCCCGCCACCGGGUGGCAGCAACAAGAUCAGUCCACCCCAGGCCGGUUCACCCUCCCAUCAACAGCUGCCGGCCAGCUCAUCGGCCACCACCGGUGGACAAACGGAAUGGGGCGAAUUUACUUCCGCUGGGUACGUGUUCAUCUUACCGACUCUUGCGAUAAACAGCUGCAGUUUCGCUUUAUCACACAUACCCACGGUGCAAAGCACAACGGCCGAUACGGCAGCCGCAGCAACACCCAGCAAAACCAACGCCAACUGGGUACAGUUUUAGGUUGGUAACAGGAAACGGGCGCCACUUGGUAAGAAACAUCCCCCCCCCCCCAUCAUCAUCAUCAUCAGCAGCAGCAAACCGCGGCUCAUAAUCAUCAUAUUGUUCGGCAUGGGGGCCGUGCGCCUCGCUGUAAACGGCGGCUACCGCAAACACGCUAAUCGUGGCCCGGGCUGCAGAAGAAGGUGUACUUUAGUGUUGAAGCAAAUAUGAUAUAUACAUAUAUCGAACGAUGCGUGAUCUUUACAUUUAAAUCAACACACUUACACAAACACACACUCAAAGUAGUAGCAGAAGCACGGGCCCACUCGUGAGAAGAGGAAGAAAAAUGAAAAAAGGUACUCUAUAUUAAGCAGAAACCAGUAGAACGGUAGAAUUGCAUUGCGUAUAUAGUCGAAACGCUGACCCCACACACACACACACCCACACAUACUCACUCGGACACGCUCACACACUGGAUGAAAACAGGGGGAGAGCGAAGGAUGCGUCAGAGUUAAGGUGACACGCGUUAUCCUACACAGAGGACAACACACACACAUACACAAACACAACAUUGCACAUGUUAUAUUGUGAACGCUUAUAUACGUAUGUAUUAGAUACACGUGGUGGCAAAAAAAAUGGAUAUCUAGCUGCAUAUGUAUAUAAUACACAUAUUAUAUAAUAACAAAGCUAUAUAUACACACACACAUAUAUAUGUGUAUGAACUCGUAUAUAUAUAGAGAGAGAGAAAGAUAAAUAAUAUAGAAUUCGUUCCGUUCGAGCAGAUAGAGCGUCAUUAACGCCUAGGUGUUGCAGGAUGGAUUGAGGUGAAAUUGGUAACGUCAGACGGACGGACCGAUCGAGGUUACCGAUCGACGGACCGAUCGAUGAAACAUGCGGCGACUAGGAGGAAGAAGCGAAGGGGGGGGGAGGUAGUGAAUCGGAGGUGGAAAGGAAAGAUGUGAAGAAACAUACGGUUCUGCAUACUUAUUGUUGUUGCUACACACACACACACACACACAAACACCCUUCCCCUUCCAACUUGUCCGCUUCCCCCAGGCAUCCCUUUUCCCCCGAGAUAGAGAAGAAAAACGCUGACAGUCUAUAUGUUAUUUAAUAUUGUAGUAAGCAAAAACCGGAGAGAGAAAAAAUGGGGAAAACCACACACACACACACACACACACACACACAGACAGGGUGAAAAAACUAUCCAAAGCAGGUCUCCACCGGUAUAGGCAACAUAGCUGGGUGGACCAAUGGGUUCUUUGUUGCAAUUAAUUCACAGGAAGGACCGGAUUAGUGUUGCUAAGGAUAGAAGAAGCAUUAAAGAAACAGACAUGAAGUUAUAAACAGGAGAGCUCAAAUGGAGGAAAGAUUCAAUGUUUGAAGACAACUUUUGCUAUGUGCCCCUGGCAGCAGCUCAGGAUUCUUAAGAACCUUCUCUCCCGAACAUCAAAGAAGUUCUAAUCCAGGGCGCGCGUGUGUGUGUGUGUUUGUACCUGCAAAAAACGGCAAACCACCAGCUGCGUCAUAAUCUCAGCUCAAUUAAAAACAUCCGUGAAUCUGACCGGUAUAGGGGCUAGUCUAGUACGGAUUGGACGGCGAGAGAGAGAGAGAAAAAAAAGGUUUCGUUGCUAGAAGAUAAGUUUUAAAUUCGAAGGGAUGCUGUUGCUGAAUCCUUUAACUACCGCAAAACAAAGUGUAGCAAAGGAUACGUUUAACAAAAACACAGGGUUUAAAAGAUCUGUCAAAAUUCGUCGUUAUAGCCCUCUGGGGGGUGGGGGGGUGCAGAGGGUUUAAAUUUGUAGUUUGUUGGUAGGAGUUCGUUUUUGAGUCGACAAGCGACGAAACCCCCCCUCACCCCCACCCAAAACCACCCUUCUCCCGUUUGUCCCUUCCACACAUCAGCGUUUCCCAUUCGUCUGCCACAUCUUCCUUGGGUGUGUGCGGCGGCGUUACUUUGACAUUCCUUAGCAUUCUUUUAAAUCUGUUUUCGAUGCAUUUUUGUGUGUGUGGUUUAGAAUGUUUUGUUUAAUCGUUUGUUUUUUUUUUGUUCUUGUGCUGUUUGUUUACUGCGGUUUGAGGCGAUAUAUAGUAGGGGUAGAGUUAUUUGUUAUUUUGCAAAACAAAAACAUGUACACUACGGAUUAGUUAAGUUGUAAUGCAAAAAAAAAAAAAUGAAAACGGAGGGUGAAAAAGUUAUAUUAUAUAGCGGCUACCGGAAGGGCGGAAUGAAUAGAAUACGAACGUGCGUUCAAAUACUUUGCAAAGGAUGUAAUGGAAAAAAAUACAGAAGAAAUAAAAACAAACGCAGUGUGUAUAGUUGGAUCACAAAAGCAA